AUCGAAUUAGGGGAAAAUGUCUAAUUAGGGUUCUUCAGUGCCCCCACGAGUUCAUUACUUGUCAGUGUGAUCGAGAAGCAACAGCAAAAUCCUUAGAUUAAAAGAUUAGAGAGCUAUAUGGACAGUAUCAGUUUGUUGCCCGAUGAUUUCCUCUUGCACAUACUGUCAUUGCUUCCUACAAAAGAUGUCUUGAACACUAGUGUUUUGUCUAAACGAUGGCGGUAUCUUUGGAAGUUGGUGCCUAAACUUCAGUACAUCGAUAUCGAUGAGAAUGCUGAUCAUGGGAUAUUUGUGCGGUUUGUGGACAGAUCGUUGCUACUUAGCAUGGCUCCGGUUUUAGAGAGUUUACAUUUAAAGUUAGGUCGACAAUGCAGCGAUGUAGAUAUCGGGUUUUGGGUUAGAGUUGCAGUGGAACAAGGUUUGCGUGAGCUAAAUUUCGAUUAUGAGCAUUAUCAAAUUGUGCCUUGCAGAUUGCCUCAGAGCUUGUUCACAUGUGGAACACUCGUGGUGCUAAAACUUAAAAAUGUCUCGCUUAAGGAUGUACAAUUCCCGGUAUGUUUUAAGUUGCUCAAAACGCUGCACCUGGAGUCUGUGAUUUUCCUGGACGAUGAAUCUCCUAAGAAGCUUUUAUCAAGCUGCCCUAUUCUUGAAGUCUUGGAUUUGACUCGAGAGGACGACGACGUUGACAAUGUGACGAGUUUCUCUGUUAUGGUGCCUUCGUUACAAAGAUUGAUCUAUAAUGGAGGAUUUGGUGCUGAGCUUGUGAUGAAUACGCCUUCUUUGAAGUACUUUAAGACUUUAGAUUGUGGUUACGAGUGUAUGAUUGAGUAUUUGCCUGAGAUUGUGGAAGCACAUGUUGAGGUUACAUGUUCCAACACUGAUGAUAUCCUCAAAUCUCUUGCAUCAGUCAAACGCCUCUUGUUAUGUUUACCCUCAGAGCCUGAGUUACCUACUGGUAGUAUCUUCCACCAGCUUGAACACUUGGACUUUUGCACUUGUGACACAGAAUGGGAUCUUCUUAUGUUUAUGCUCAAACAUUCCCCGAAACUUCGAUCUCUCAUGCUUAACGAUAUCCAUGGCUACACUAUUGUUUCUCAAAGUCCUAUGUUUCAUUGGGAGGAACCAAACUCUGUUCCUGAAACGUUGAUGUUUGUUCUUGAGACUUUGGAGUGGAGAAACUACAGAGGGUGGAAGAUAGAGAAAGAACUCGCAACUUUUAUCUUGAAGCAUUCAAGGCGUCUAAAGAUCGCAACCUUUUCGCCAGCAGACUGCCCACAAGUGAGAAUGGAAUUACGUACGACAGUUGGAAUGAAAUAUCGUAUACUCACGGAAUUAGCGCGUUUGCCGAGGGGUUCAGCAGAGUGUGAGUUUGUUUUUGGUUAA